GUUAGGUUAUUUUCUUUACGGAAUUUCUGGAUUCGCUCUCGACGCUCAAGACCCGCGAUAGAAGCUAUGCAAUAGCUUAAAAGACUUUGUAUUUAUCUAAGAAUAUAUUCAUAGAUUAGAAUAUUAACGCUACAGAAGUAGCAUCGGUAACUUCAUUACAAAGGACAAGUGAUAUACAUAAUACAAUACUAAGACUGAGAUAGAACGGGACAAACGUCACUUUAGUCUUUAAGGCGUCUGUCCCACCCCUGGUAACUUAUUAUUGAUCGCGGCACAAUAUGUCGCGUUGCGCAUAUUAGCCCGGCUGGUUGAAACUAGUAGUCACUAAUCGAGUAUAUUGAAAAAUGAAUUCCUACAGUGAAGUGGUCGAUAUCACAUCAGAUGGAGGAGAAGAACAAAAGCAAUCAAUAGCACGGACGAAUGAACCAGAAAAGCCAAUUAUGUCUCUAUUUAGAAGACUAAUAGAGAAUGAUAAAACUUUACUUACAAAUUUGCAAAUCUUACAAAUACUAAAAAUUGAAUUUAAUGUCAAUUUUAAAAAUCUACAGUUACUUGAAAUUGACAUUUACUUAUCAGUUAUGAAGAGAUUCCUCAAAGACUGGCCUGAAUGGGACGCAUUUGACCAAGCCAUAAAUCAAUACAAAAAAGAGAAUAAUCAGAAUGCCAUAGAAAUGAUGUUGAAAUCAAAAUAUGAAGAAUUUAAGUCAUAUUUGCAAUCAAUUGUCGAUACAACCAGGCCAAUCGCAAAGAAGGCUGCAGAGGAUGUCCUAAAUAUAGCAAAUUUAGAUUUAAAAGAUAACAAGGAAAAGCAUAGUGAUGUUACGCUAGUGAUUGAAGCGAACAGGUCUAAGUUCAAUAAUCUCAUUCUCAGGCACCCAAAGAAAGGCAUGUUAUUCAAUGGCAACAAACAGGAGAAAACUAUAAAAUCAUAUAUAUUGCCAUUAGACGCAAUUCUUAAUUGGUGGAAUGUACAGAUACAAGUAAGGGUGAAAGUAAAACAUGAUAUAAUUUUAUAUUACUCUAGAGAAACCAAACAUAAACUGAAGCAUACGUUAGUGAAUAAAGUAUUAGGUGUGCAAUCACCCUCUCCAAAAGAAUCUAGCUUACAAUUACAGAUAAAGUAUGACGGAAGACACAAAACCACGGUAAAUACAAGUGUAGUGACAAAUAACUUAAAAAAAAUAGCCUCCAUGUUAGGACAACCUGAUGCCGGCGAAAGUAGGUGUAUAAUUGAUUUUAUAGUGAAAGAGAUUGGUUUUGAAGAAAAACUUGAUGUACCUGCAUACUACAGGCGGACCCUAAGUACAUAUGCCUACAAAAGAUAUUUGUACGUAGAUAAUGCGGACAGUGAUGCAGUUGACAAGAAGUAUGAUGUUCAACUGGAAGAAAUAAUAACACCUACUUUUGAAAUGUUUGUCGGUGACUGUGACUUGGAAGGAAUGACAACAUGUGAAGUAAAUGUGAAAUGUAUGAUGUGUGAUGUAACAUUUACAGGGAUGAAUAUUGUUCAAUUGUUGAAUGAUCACUUUCAAGAGCAUGCAUCAGAAAAACCUUGGACCUGUUUGAAUUGUGGUAUUGAGUUGCCAAUGAUUGAAUUGGCUGAUUCCUGGUGGUGCCACAGAUGCCCUCCUUAUUAAUUAGUUUAGUUUUAAAUUUUGUACUUUAAAAAUCAUAUGAAUUUUUUUUCUCUUUGUUUUUGCGUUAUUUACAUUGGAUAUGAUGAGGUAAUUGAGAAAAAUUGCCAAGAAACUCAUUGGCUCAUUGGAAUUCUUUUGAAUUUCAAAAAUUAAGAACUUAUAUACCUACAGUAUUUAAAAAAAUGUAUCAUUGCAUAAUGUCUUCAGUAUAUUUCAAUAAAGAUAUUAAUAAGA